GUAUGAGCCAUAGUCGGCCUGUUGGCCCUGAUACCGAGUCCUCCCAGGCCCAGAGCCACUGCCAGGAGCCCUAUUACCAGGCAGCAGCAGCAGGGACACUCACGUGCAUGGCCUGGAGCCCCUGGAAGUGGCCGCAGGAUGUGGAGGAAGUGCCUCGCUGUGAGCCUGUCUGCGGCCGUCCGCUCACCCCCAUGAUCCAGAACCAGGAGGCGCACGGUUCUUGGAAAGCCGAGCUGGGCAGCUUCCCCUGGCAGGCCCUGGUCAGCAUCCACGGGCGCGGGGGCGGGGCACUGCUGGGGGACAGGUGGGUCCUCACGGCCGCCCAUGCCAUAUACCCAAAGGACGCCGUGUCCCUGGGUCGGGAGCGGCGCGUGGACGUCUUCCUGGGCCACCCGGUCCUGGCCGAGCUACUGCGGCUGGGCCCCCGGCCGGUGCGCCGCGUGCGUGUCCACCCCGACUACCGGCCCGGCGAGCCGCACAACUUCGACGGGGACGUGGCGCUGCUGGAGCUGCAGGAGCCCGUGGCCCUGGGCCCCAGCCUCCUGCCCGUCUGCCUGCCGGACAGCGAGCGCCUCUAUGGCGCAGGCGUGUGGGGCGCGGUCAGCGGCUUCGGUGUGGACGCGGGCUGGCUGCCCAGCGGGCUCAAGGCGUCCCGGCUGCCCGUGGUGCUGCGCGGGACCUGCCAGGCCUGGCUCCAGGAGCGGCGGAGGCCCGAGGUGUUCUCCGACAACAUGUUCUGUGCAGGGGACCCGCAGCGGCCUCAGGGUGUCUGCCAGGGGGACAGCGGGGGCGCGUUCGUCGUCUGGGACGCGCAAGCCCAGCGGUGGGUGGCCACGGGGGUUGUGUCCUGGGGCGUCGACUGUGGCCAGGGAUAUGGUUUCUACACCAAAGUGCUCAACUACGUGGGCUGGAUCAAGGGCGUGAUGAGUGGGAAGGAGUGA